AUGACAGACACUACUGUUGAUAAGUCUCAAAUCCCAAAAAACUGCAAAUUGUUCGAGAUGGUACAAUAUCAGUGUGAGGCUACGAGACAUAAUAUUGAAUGUAGUCCAUUUGUGCGGCUAUUCCUAAGAUGUGCUGGUUUACCUACGGUUGAAGUAACACCUGAAUACGAUCAAUACGGUGAUCCCAUAUCAAGAUCCUCGCCAUCAGUCAAUGCCUCGCCCAUAAAAGGAGAUCCCAUCAACUGA